UCUAAAACAAUUGCAAAAUCUUUAGGUGUUACAGGGACCUUGUAAAGAGAUAAGAAUUCCUUAUAACUGAGUAAAAACCCUCUGCAUUUACCAGUUGGCUCACCAAUAGAAUAUUAUUUCGGAACCAAUAUUCUAAAAACAAAGAAGUAUUUUUAUACAAUAUAUCCCGAUUAUUCCAUAUAUAAUAUCUGUGUGGAGAAAAAUUGUGUUUAUAAAUUAAGGACCAUGACAAAAAAACCUGCCGAUUAAAAGCAGAAAGUUUCACUGGAACUUUGUAAAUAUUAGAAUUGCUAAACAACAUGAAGUUAAAACCACCAAAAGUAGAGAAGACAUGAUGAGGAAUAAAAUUCCAGAUAUAAGUGGGUCUUCUUAUGAAUUGUUUUAUCCAAUUGAUCUUAAAAGUAAUAUUAAAUAAGGUAGUAAAGUACAGCAAAUUCAUCCCACCAUUCUCAUAAGUGUUCAUUACAACAGUUUUCCUAAUGUAAUGGGUACGGUUUCUCCACAGAAAGUUGAAAAGCAUCUGGUCUAUCUCCUUGCUUAUUUAUUGUCACACACAUACAUACCAUACCUUCCCUUUUUUUCUACGUCAUAAACAAUACAUUUCCGCUAUGGUGGUCAGGUGGGCUGCGCCUGUAGUGGUGCGCAGAACAACACCAACGCUGAACUUACUUCCCGAAACCAGGGUCAAAUAGUCUGGUUAAAAAUACUGGGGAUCUGUCUUAUUUGGAAAGGAGAGAGACAUCAUCCAAGACCUCACAGGCACAAAUUGACAUCCAAGCUUUUCCAAGCCCAUCCAUCUCAGGCAGCCCUGUCCCUGUGUCAUGAUGUCAAGCCCCGGGAGAGACAGUGAUCUGGAGUCAGACCACGCAGUAGACUGGUCCAUGAUGGACAUGCGGCUGGACUCGUUCCGGGGUUCCCUCCUGGCCCAGCAGGUGUCAGCGGAGAGGCUGGCCCGCGCUGGGUUCUACUUCACGGGACAGGCUGACAAGGUGCGCUGCUUCAGCUGCCACAAGACUGUAGAGAACUGGUGUGGAGGGGACGCACCCGCGGAGAGGCACGCGGAGGUCUCCCCCACCUGUAAGUUCCUGAGCUGCACCCAUCGAUCCAGGGUUAACUCUCUUCAAGGUGCCAUGCUGACCAACGAACCCCACUACAACGAAGACGCUGAGGACAUGGAGUUCCGCCUGAGAACGGGAGAAGUGGUGGAUGAGUCCACCUACCCCAUGGUCCCGCACAUGGUCAGCGAAGACUCCCGGUUCAACACCUUCGGCCCGUGGCCCUCCACAUCCUCGGUCCAGCCUAGAGAGCUGGCCCAGGCAGGGCUCUUCUAUAUGGGGGUGAGCGACCGGGUGCAGUGCUUCUGCUGUGGAGGGAUGCUGGGCGGCUGGCAGCCUGGGGACACGGCAUGGGGGGAGCACUCCAAACACUUCCCCUACUGCUUCUUCAUACUGGGGCAUGAUGUGGGGAACCUCCCCUCUCAGGCGGGGAGAGAGGGGGAUGUAGGGGAGACCAGGCCACGCCCGGGUCCUCGGGUCCCCAUGCAGAGCUUUGAGGAGAGGCUAGGCAGCUUUGCAGGAAUCCAGCACACUAUUGACCACGAGAGGCUGGCCAGAGCAGGCUUCUACAACACAGGAGCUCCAGACCGUGUGGUGUGUUUCUGCUGUGGUGGAGGUCUGAAGGGCUGGCAGCCGGACGAGAAUCCCUGGGAGGAGCACGCCAAACACUAUCCGGGGUGUAGUUUUCUGCUGGCAGAGAAAGGACAGGAGUUCGUCAGCAGUGUUCAGUUACAAGGUCCUGACUGGAACAAUGCUGCUUCAAGUCACCUGAAUGGAUGUUCAAGUCACGGAACAGAGGUGCUGAGGUCAGCCAUGGCCCAGAGGGCGGUAGAGAUGGGUCUGGAGCCUGCCCUGGUAGAGAGGACUAUACUGGAGAGGAUACGCAGGGCUGGGACAGGCUACUCCACCCUGGAGACUCUGCUGCAGGACUGCUUUAACAGAGGCCCUGACAGCGACGCAGAGACCGCAGAGAACCAUGAUGAGGAUCCCUUUGAGAAGCUACGGAAGCUGCAGAGGGAGAAACAGUGCAAAGUGUGUAUGGACAGAGACAUCUGCAUGGUCUUCAUCCCCUGUGGGCACCUGGUCGUCUGCAAGGAGUGUUCCGAGGCCCUCGGCAAGUGUCCCAUCUGCUGUGCAGCCAUCACACAAAAGAUCAAGACAUACAUCUCCUAACAUGCAACCUGGUGUCAGGGAUUGUCAUCUCCAGAGUAGGAGUGCUGACCUAGAAUCAGGUCCCGUCUCUUACUCAUUAUGAUUUAAAAGGCAAAAGUGAGCCUCGAUCAGCAGUCUUAAUCUGAGAUGCUUAAUGAAUGCUGGCCCAGGAGGAUAACUCUUUUAAAUGGCAAUGCUGCUUAACCACCUGAAUGAUUUUAUAAACACAGGCUUUCCUACUACAAAAUGUACAUAUAGAAAUAUUAUAUUUGAGGAGGACCACUGUAAAUAUGAAUAAGAGAAUCAUGGAAAGUGUGGGGAUUUUAUUUUUCAAUGAAUGUUGUAUAGAGGACACUUGUUAUGUGACGUAUCAGUGAAGUUCACACGACAAUACCCAAGAGGCAAUGGGCCUCUGAAUCUUCAUACCAAGAUGGGAAACUAAGGUUGAGACGAUAUGGAGUACAGCUACGGACAGAACUGACUUUACGCAGCAGGUUGGGAGAAAAAGGUUAGCGUUAGAUAAAAUGCUACAGUUGUCCCUGACGUGAGUCGUACAUGCAACUUUUUGUCCAUGGCUGUACUCCAUCUACCCACAGUUCUGAUACUUACAUUUUAGUAAUUUAGCAGAUGCUCUUAUCCACAAUAGUGAGUGCAUACAUUUUAGUUUAUAGGUCCGCUGUGCAGUACCAUGAUCUACCAUUGCAGCUAUCAACAGUGCCUUUUCAAACCAUCUCAUUUACUUGUGUGUAUUUUCUUUAUUCAGACUAUCACACCAUUUCCAUGUUUUCUUCAUAUUUCUCUUAAAAUUAUGAAGUUGUUGACUGGGCUUUUGUUAUUGGUUUGCAAGUCAUGUGUUUCUAGUUAGUUUGCAAAUGACAUGUUUCUGAAGUAGAAGUCCUGAGGGUUCCCAAACUUAAUGUAUGUUCCUUAGGUCAACGAGUACGCUUUCAACGUGGGACACUCUUAUGAUUCAUUAUGUGUGCUCUGUGUGAAUAAAUAGAUGAAUUGUAGAUUUGGAUCAAUUUCCAUUAUUUAGAUAUAACGGCAUAACUGACAUCCACUUAAUUAUUUUAUUUAGUUCUAGAGAUCAUGUCCAAAUAUUAUUCCCCUUUUUAAAUCGUGGUGUUCGGAUAUUAAUAUUUCCUUUGCAACUCUUGUUUGACCAAGACUGGAAAAUAAAUGUUUAAAAAAAUUGAA